CUUUCUCAGCUGUUUUCUUUAACUUGACACAUCUGUCUGUGUUUACCUGAAUGAUUGUCAAGAUCGGUAUUUUGUCAUAGUUUAAUGUGUCUGUUCAGAGGAUUCAGAAGAGGAUUCAGUUUGGUGUUCAAAAGACUCAUGCAGACGUUUCACCAUGUCCAAAUGCUUGAAUCUUCUUCUUCUGCUGCUGGUGUUUUGUCUUGUCUAUCAAAGCGAAAUCCUGCCAGCAGGAAACCCCUUUAUAUCUGUGUCGGGAAAAAAGAGAGGAAACAUCACACUCAGAUGUGAACAUGAGGACAAUAAUAUUGUUCAGAUUGAGCUGUUCACUCCAUCAAGAGUCAUAGAAGUGUGUGAGACUGAAGAAUGUAGUGAACGAGUGUUUAAAGAAGGAAACUGUGACGUCGCCAUCAAGAAUCUGAUCUUCAGUGACGCUGGGAAAUACUUCUUGGAUAUCUAUUACAAUAAUGAUCAGACAGAGCUGAAGUCAAAAAAGGACUGGACGUACCAUCUUCAUAUUCAUGAUGAGAUUUCUGUGAAAACAGGCGAGGAGCUAAAGAUGUCUGUUCUGGUGUCUGAUGCUGAUAAAGUGAAGACAAACUCUAGUGGAGAGUGGAAGGAGGUUUGGACGAGAGAUCACGGGGUUCAGAGCGACCGAAUGAAUGAUGAUAAUGAUGGAAACCUGAUCAUUAAAUCAUUUCUGGACAGUGAUGCAGGAACAUACAGAGUUCUGGACACUGAAGGAGAAAUCUUGAUCACAGUCACAGUCACAGAAUCAAAGAAAAAACUGGAGCAAACUGAUAAAGAGCAAACUGAUGAUACUAAAUAUGAUACUGUUUGGAUUUGUAUUUUGACUUCUGCACUGUCUUUAUGUCUGUGUUUUUGGUUCUGGUGGUUCUGGACAUUUUUUAAAUUCGAGUCAUUGUUAAAACGUGAACGUCUGCACAGAAAUGUGGAAUGUGGAUCAAAAUGGUCCAAAUUCAAUAAACUGUAAAAGUGUCCCAGAACAUCAGCAUCAGCUGGUUACUGGAAAUCUGCUUUCAGAGUUAAAAGAUCUGCAGAAGAUUCUGACAACAAUAUAUUUGCAAUAAACAUUUAUUUACAACAUAUAUGAAAAUAUGUACUACAUACAGCAGUGUUGUGUUUGUUGACUGUCUCUACAUUUAAAGUGACUUACAGAUAAACCAGAGUUCUGUGUUCAGAAAUGAUCUGAUCAAACAGAGAAUGUUUUUAUUGGAUCUUUUUCUGAGGCUAAAAAUACUUAUGGGGUGUCCCAAAAGGCAGUUGUCCACUUUUAUUUUUUUUUCUAUUUUUAUUAAAAUAAAUAAAUAAAUAAUAACAUUGUUAACACUGCUAAUAUAAUUAUGUAUGCAGAUAGUGUAUUCUGUAGCGCAUUUGGCUGGGCUUUAAAAAAAGGCUGUACUUGAGAUGAGACUGUACUUUAUCAAAGGUCUGCUGCUUGAAAUAUGGUUCCCAUAAACAUUAGAAACAGUAAAAUUGCAUUUAUUUGUUUAAGAGUCUAUGUUAUAUUACACAUUUUUUGUAUGCUGUAUAUGUUGCCAUUUUAAUUAAAUUAUUUAUGUUUUCAGA